AUGAAUGCUGAAGAUAUAAACGCUGCGCUGUCUGAGGAUUCCUUCAAUUUCUCAGAAAUUGAUGACUACAUUAUCGAUCCAGAUUUCAUUUUAUGUGAGUGUAGUGCAGAAAAUAAUGAUUUACAUGGAAUACAUCCCUUAAUAAGUAGUGACUCUGAACAUGACGAAAAUCUACAAGAAUGUAUGGUAGUCGGUUCUGCAUAUGUACAGGAUGGUUUUGAAAAUGAAGAUGAGGUCUCGGUAGAAAAUGAUGAGCAGGGAUGUUCAACAUUUAAUGGAAAAAAAAGAGUUGCAACCCCAUCAGUAUGGGAGAGAAAUAUUGUCAAAGCAAAACGUGCUAAAGGUGAAGGAGUUGUUAGUUUACGAGGCAAAAUAGUACAAAAAAGAACAACAGGGGUAGAUUGCAAAUGCAAAUCAGAAUGCUUUAAACAAUUUACUGAUGAACAAAAACAACUAACUAUAAACAUGUUCAAUAAUAUUUCAAACAAAGAAAAACAAGACACAUUUUUAGGAGGUUUAAUUAUAACAAAUAACGUUGCUAGACAUAGACCUGUUAAUAAUUCCAAACAACCAAGAUCAUUAACUUGCAAAUAUAAAAUUCGUUUUGAUGGAAUUGAUGAAAAAGUUGUCUGUAAAAAAGCUUUUUGUUCACUGUUUGGAAUAGGGAAAUCGAGGGUCGAAAGAAUUAUUCAAAAAGUAAAAAAAAAUAUUCCAAGCCCUGUGGAUUUGCGUGGAAAGCAUAAGAAUCGACCAAAUAAAUUGAGUGAUCACAUUUUAUUUAAAAUUAAAACCCAUAUCCUUAGUUUUCCUCGGUAUAUUUCACACUACAGUAGACAUGACAAUGAAAAUAAAAGAUUUCUAUCACCUGAAUUAAGCAUAAGCAAGUUGUAUAGCUUAUAUUUAGAAAAAUACGAGUUUGACGUUUUUGAAAAGUUAAAGAAGGGAGAAAAAGUUAAACCUACUGUAAAGUAUGAAUUUUUUUCACAAUAUUUUAACAAAAACUUUAAUCUGUCUUUUGGCCAUCCCAAAACAGAUACAUGUCAAACUUGUGACCAUUUACAAAAUAUGAUAAAUGCAGAACUUGACAUUGAAUUAAAAUCCAACCUUAUUGAAGAAAAACAACAGCAUAUUGAAAAAGCUUCAACAUUUUACACUGACUUAAAGAACCUAUCAAAAGAAUCGAGACUUAAUGACAGUAUUGAGGUAUUGUCAUUCGAUUAUCAGCAAAAUAUGCCCUUACCACAUAUUCCUUGUGGUGACGUUUUUUAUAAAAGGCAGCUCUGGAGUUAUAAUUUUUGUGUGUAUUCUGGUAAACUUCGUCAGGGCUACUUUUUCAUGUAUGAUGAAACAAUAGGAAAAAAAGGACAAAAUGAAGUUAUCAGCCUAAUUGAUUAUUAUUUAAAAAACUUACUUUCACAAGGAGUAAAACAGUUAUAUAUUUUUUCGGAUAACUGCAGCAGUCAAAACAAAAAUAUGGCCUUGUUUCAAUAUUUUUAUACUAUUAUUCAGUCAAAUGCUUUUGGUCUUGAAAAAAUUACACAUCGUUAUCCGGAACCCGGUCACAGUUUUCUCCCCUGUGACCGUUGUUUUGGGCUGAUAGAAAAAAAUAAGCGUAAGAUGGAACGAGUGUUCAUACCUCAGACAUAUCAAAACAUGGUAAAAGAAACUAGCAGUGAUAAAUUUAAUGUAAUAAAUAUUACACAAAACGAUAUAUACAAUUUUUCUGAAUAUCUAAAACCCAACUUUAAAAAAUACAUAACAAGUUCACACAAAGAAAGGUUUACUAUCGUGGCAUACCGCCUCAUGGAAUAUGUGAAAGAUGGACUGUACUGCAAAACCGUUGCAAAUAGCACUUUAAAAGAACAUUUUACUUUACAAAAAUCAGGAACGGACUUGAAAUAUCCUCUAGAACAUCUUCCUCUACUAUAUUCUAUGAAACUUAAGCUUAAAGAAGCUAAAUUAAAAGAUGUACAGGAUUUAGCAUCAAAAUAUGUACCAUCUGAGUUUAUAUGGUUCUAUGAACAGCUUGAGGGAGACGUUCAAAAUAAUGAAAAUGUACCAACUUCUGAAAAUGAAUAUUAA